AUCCGAAAUCCAUUGGCGAAUAUUCAACCAGUCCUGAAAUUACUGCAUGGAUUGAAGUGCGUCAUCGAAUACCUCAACAGUUCCCCAUUUGUCACCAAUAAAAACCACACUGGCCUCCACGAAUCUUUCUCACUCGUCUUCUUUAAUUUCUUAUACGCUUUAACCCCUCCCCCCCUCCUCAACACCUUGAUAUUUCUCCUUUAAUUCCUUCGGCCCUGAAAUAAUUGAAGCGUGAAAUAAUUACAUACACAGAACAUAUUGAGAUGGCAGUGCAAUCAGAUGCGGGGCAUCCCAGGAAGGCCUUCGGAUGGGCAGCUAGGAAUCCAUCUGACCUUCUCUCCCCUUUUCACUUCUCCAGAAGAGAGACAGGAGAAAAAGAUGUGUCUUUCAAAGUGUUAUAUUGUGGGUUAUGCCACUCUGACCUCCACAUGAUCAACAACGAACUCGGAUUUUCCACCUACCCGCUUGUUCCUGGGCAUGAGAUGGUUGGCAUGGUGACAGAGGUGGGAAGCAAGGUAGAAAAGUUCAAAGUUGGAGACAGGGUUGGUGCAGGAGGCAUGGUUUGGUCUUGUGGCUCCUGUGAAAGUUGUGAAAAUGAUCUUGAGAUUCACUGCUCAAAGAUGGUCUUCACAAUCGCCGGCAAGUACAUCGACGGCACCACCACCUACGGAGGCUUUUCGGACUUGAUGGUGGUGGAUGAACACUUUGUGUUCCACAUUCCAGAUGCUUUACCUCUUGAUGCUGCAGCUCCUCUGCUUUGUGCUGGAAUCACAGUGUAUAGCCCUCUGAGAUACUAUGAUCUUGACAAGCCAGGCCUUCAUGUGGGUGUGGUUGGUCUUGGUGGGCUUGGCCAUAUGGCCGUCAAGUUUGCAAAAGCCUUUGGAGCUAAGGUCACUGUCAUCAGUACAUCUCCCAACAAAAAGAAGGAAGCCAUUGAACAUCUAGGAGCUGACUCUUUCUUGAUCAGCUGUGACGAAGAUCAGAUGCAGGCUGCAACGAGCACUUUGGAUGGUAUUAUUGACACAGUUUCUGCAGAACAUGCUGUGUUGCCUUUGAUUGGAUUGUUGAAGCCUAAUGGGAAACUUGUAUUCCUUGGAGUUCCAGAUAAGCCCCUAGAGCUACCAGUAUUCCCUUUAGUGGUGGCGAGAAAGACAGUAGCUGGAAGUAAUGCUGGAGGAGUGAAGGAGGUGCUAGAAAUGCUUGAAUUUGCUGCAAAACACGACAUAAAAGCUGAUGUAGAGGUUAUUCCUAUGAAUUACGUGAACACAGCAAUAGAGCGUCUCCUGAAAGCUGAUGUCAAAUAUCGAUUUGUGAUUGAUAUUGGAAACACGUUGAGAAGUGAAGCUCUUUGAGCUUCCAUAUAUAUAUUUGUAAUUCAAUUAUACAAGUUUAUUUUAUAACGUGCUUUUCUGCGAUCAUGAGGCAGCUAGGAUCUGAAUGUGAUGGAAGGUGAUGGUAAAGUGAGGGUGUGAAUAUGUGGAACAGUGUUGGGCCAUCUAUGAUUUGCGGACUUCGAGUUGAUAAAGAGAGAUGAUUUUUCAAGCUUAUUAGAGAUACUGGCGCCUGAUUGGACUAAGAAAGGGGUCGCCAUCUUGUGUGUAAUUCAAAAUCAAAUAUAUAAAGUCACUGGAUAAGAUCUUUUGAUACUACAGGCAAGACAAGGGCUUUCAACGUAUUUUAAGAUAAAUUUUUCUAGUAUCUAUAGCUUUUAAACCGUAUACUUAAUAAUUUAUACUUUUUUGGGUCAGCACUUAUAAUAUUUUACACUGAUUAAUAUUGAUAUUGACAAUUUUCUUUUGAUAUACAAAAGUUUAAGUUGAGUUUUGGGGACAUAACAGGGCUAAGA